AUGGCCACCACCAGCAAGAGCGAGUCAGAGGGACUCUUGCAGGGCGCUGACCAAGGAUUCGGGACCAUGGCAUCAGGAGAUGAUGUGCUCACGUCACUACGCCAAAAACCAGGGAGUAGCCGGCACCAACGAGAAACAUCGACUGCCACCGAGAUUUCAUGGUUGUCGUUCCUCAGGAGAGGCAACAGUGCUCAAGGAAGUCAAGGAAGUGACACCAGCCGACGGAAAAAGACGAAAUGGGAGAAGAAGCAUCAACGUGUUCGGGGUAUCCUAUUUGAUAAAUCAGAUUACCUGGUUGCGAACAUGUUGUUGGCAGUUUGCUAUGUCCUGUUUAUUCUAUACUCCGUAUUGAUCUUUGUGGGACCCUUUGUUCUGAAUUUCUUCGUCGACAAGGAUGAUUGGUGUUACAGUCGCCUCACGGAAGAACAAAGAGACAUGUUCCUGCCAGCAUCUUCAACAGUUGUGGAGGACGACGAAACCACCAGACUGCUGGGAUCGGGAGAUUUUACAGCCACAGCCGAACAACCCUACCCCAAUCCAGACUACGAUACCGAUCCUUGUCGAUACGUACGAUUUCAUUUCAUGAGCUACUUGACCCUGGAAGAAUGCGAUAUUUGUAGAAGACUCUUCACGGCGGUGCUUCUAGGGGGGGCCAUUGGUUACGAACGUCGAUCUUCAGAUCGUCCUGCUGGCAUACGUACCAUGGGAUUGGUUUCACUGGGCGCUUGCUUCUAUACCAUUUCAAGUGUCAUGGCGUUCAAGAGUUCCACACAAACCUGGGACGCGUCACGUGUUGCUGCAGCCUUACCGAGUGGAGUAGGAUUCCUGGGAGCUGCUUUGAUUUGGAAAGGAUCCUUCUUUGUCGGUGAUCAUGAAAUGCAUCAAGUACAUGGGCUCAACACGGCGGCAUCCUUGUGGCUCAGUGCCGCCGUGGGAGUCGGUGUCGGCGGAGCGCUGUAUCUCGUGACAAUUUACGUGACAUCCCUCGUGAUCAUGAUCCUUCGCUUGAGGGAAGAGCGCAAGCUGAAAAACAUGGCUGCCCAACUUCGAAGGAGCAUGAAGAACAUUCCCACCUUUGGGAGUUAG